AUGGAGAAAUCGGUGGCAUUUCAAGAAAGAGAAAAUUUGAAAUUCUUGAUCAACCCCACUACCUUAAAGCACCAUCAAAUUCCAAGUUUUGAUUUGGUUCUUCCUCUGCAAGGUAGCUGUUACAUGUAUGGUUUAGGGUAUAAUGUUGUUAGUGAUGACUAUAAGGUGGUUGCUCUUUCUUAUUAUUGUUAUAAUCAAUUUAGGAUUGCCACUUGUGUGGAUAUCAACUCUGUGAGAAAGGGCCUUUGGGAGAAACUUGAGAAUUCUCCUUAUGAUCAUUCACAUACUGACAGUGUUUCUGGGGUUUUGGUUAAUGGGGCUUUGCAUUGGUUGACUCAUAGAAUUCCUGAAUAUUCAUCUGCAAUUGUUGGUUUCAAUUUAAGUGUCGAUAAAUUCUCGGAGGUACCAGGUCCUACUGAUCUUCAGGAUUAUUGCUUUAUGUGUAAACUUGCAGCUCUUAAAGGGUAUCUUUGUAUAUCCACCAUUUUAUCCCCAUCAAUGGACAAAAUUAUAUUUUGGAUCAUGAAAGAGUAUGGGGUUAAGGAAUCUUGGACAAAAUUUGAGAUUAAAGGUCCGAAUUUGAAUGUUUGUCUUGGUAAACUAUUGUGUUCCAUCGGUGAUGAUGAUGAUGUUUUAUUGGAUGUUAAUGAAGAAUUGGUUAUCUACAAUAUGACAGAGAAUUGGUGUAAGGAUCUGUUGCUUGAUGUAAAUCAUAUUAGCUAUGAAGGUCGAACCUUUGUUGAUAGCCUAGUCUCACCUUACUUUGGCAGAGAAACAGAGGGUUAG